UCGAAUAUGGCCACUAUCUUGGAACUGGUUUUAGAGGAGAAAGUUUUACCAUUUACUGUUGUGCGUUGGCUAGCAAAAAAGGCUCAUCAGGCUGAAAAUCUAGAUGAGCUAGAGCGUGAGAGGUCCGAAUUUAUUCCAUUCUUCCUGAACUACCUUCGAGAUAAGACAGUGCAUUUGCUACAAAACAAUAAAUCAGCAUGUCCUUCUCCAGCUAAAACACCAACCAGUUUUCAGAACAAACAAAAACCAGCCCCAAAGGUUGGAAACAAGAGCAAGGAAAGGAAUAAUUCUUCUAAGCGGGUACAGUUGUUUUCAGUUGGUCCAACCUCAGAUAGACAGAAGACAUCGCCCAGUGCCUUUGAACUUGCCAACACCUCUCUAGACUCUCCUCAUAUCAACAGAUCCUUUGGAUCAUCAGCUAAGAAGGAAACCUUUGCGAAAGACACUGUCAGUGGUUUAGAGUUCAGAAGAUUAGAUGACUCAAAUGCUUCUUUUGAUAACCCAUCUGUAUUCAAAGGACAAGAGGAACAUAAUAGCCCAGAGGUGUAUGGAAAGCGAAAUAAAAAUUCUCGCUCCACUCCAGUACACAGCACUCCAGAUUCUUAUUCCAGAUCAAAGCAUAAACACUCUUUAGGCGACUUUCUCAUUAGUCCAGAAACAGAAGGUAGAAAGAAGAAAAGUCCCUUUUCUGGAAACAGAAAUAAUAAUAAUGAGAACAGUCCCUCUCCAGUAUCUCAGAGACGUUCAGGAGGUAAAGGGAAAUCUCAUAAACAAAGAUACAGUGAUGUAGAUCGUAACCCACCAAAACUGCCUGGGUUCAGUUUAACUGAUGCUGAGGACUUCCCAACUUUGACCUGUAAUAGUCAGUCACAAAGUAAGCCGAGGAGGAUCACCCCUACUCCUGUGAAUCAGGAUAUCAAAAGAGCCACAAACACACUGUUCACCAGUGCUCCAGCACUUAGUCCAGUCAAAGAGAAAGAAAAGGAAAAGAAUGCUGGACCAAGAAGAGUUCCACUUCUUAAACUGGAUGACUUCAGGGAGUCAUUAAAAGAAGAGAAUGCAAAGAGAAAUGAAGUUGCCAGCAAUGGAACUGAGUGCAAUACAUUUACCACUCCCAGCAAGUCAAGAUCUGGAAUAACCUCUUUCACUCCAAACAAAACACCAAGCAAAUACUCCAUGGAAAGACAGGCAAGCAUAGUGGAGAUAACUGUAGCUGAGCCAUGUAAUGUCACAUUCAGAGAUAAGCUUCAUCUUAUAGCUGAGGUGUAUUCUGGGUGCUUGGAAGAGCACCUGGUCCCUAGCAUCACUGUAGAACUGUACUUCAUUAUGCAACUUCUCACAGCUAGAGGGGUGGAUUUAGAGAUAGCAAAAAGUAUGGGAAACUUGGAUUGGGAUGAGACCAGCUAUUUCCAUUCAGUACAUAAUGCAGUGUACUUUGCUGUGGUGGUUUUGGAAUUACAAAUCAGACUCGUGCAGUAUCUAGAUAAAGGUACCUUAAAACUUCUGUCAGAAAACCAGAGGAUAGAAGAUUUUUCUGUUCAGCUGAAAACCCAGCUCACAAAUAUAUAUGAAGAGUCAUCUGUUGAACCUAUGUCAGUAUUCUAUGCCUCCCCUAUUGGAGGGGUGUCAUUUCAAGUUGACACUGAUAACAGGAAAAACUUUCCGAGUGAUAAAGCUUUUCAUUUAUUCAAGAAACAAAGAGACAUAUUCUAUGAAUUGGUACGUGAAUGGGAAGAAAACCACCUAGAUGUAUCCUGGUCACUGUCACAACUCCAUGGACACCGGAUACGCAGUCUGGUCAGCUGUCCAGUGGACUUGGUCAACCACAUUCACUUUGCUAGGUUAUUUCAAGCACAGCUCAUUGCUAUGUGUAAAGGAGUGGGCACAUUGAAAUCACAGGAUGAGGACACCAAUAUAGCCCUGUUGUCACAACUCAAAAGAAGUAACCCAGAAAAGUUUAAGAAACUCCAGGAGCGUUUUACCACUCCCACCACACACCUCGGUCCUUGCCCCCCACCCUCAUUCCCAGGGUGUCAGGAAUUCUUUAGAGACUUCAUUGUAGCAGCAGAGAGUCAUGUGUUUAACCAGCACUUGAUUGAUGGAAUGGCUGCCAAAAUUAAGGAGGAUUCUCUGGAACUUGUGGAUCACCCUCUGAUGUACACUUGCUGCCCGUAUCUGGGCGAGUUGAGAUCCUUGCUGAUAGACUUUGCUGUAGGUGGCAGCACCAAACAGAACAACAUUAGGAAGAUCACACCGAUAGCAGCAGAGUGUGAGGAUGAGGAUACUGGAAUCAAUGAAAAACAACUUCAACUGCAGCUGGAAGAAAACUUUUUCCACAACCACCCAGCCUCCUUGAAAAGGACAGUGGAGUUUGUUGCUGACAGAGUUGCCUCCAUACACAUCAAGAAAUUUCGAAGCCAGGAACUGCCCAGGUUUAUCAGUAUUGGCAUUGGUGCUGUUGGUGGAAUGCUUUCUGGCACUGGAAGUGGUUCUCCUGAUAACAGACUAAAAACCAGACUAGAGCAGCAAGUCUUGGAGGUAGCGAGAAAUCUGAUGCAGACGGCCAGAAAUGACAUCGUUUCUUCUUUCACCGCAUACUGCCAGCAGAAGACAGAAGCCAUUUUACCAAUGUUGCUUCCUGACGACACUGUGCCUCAAGUAUUAGCAGUGUCCAUGCAGAUAUCAGCAAGGUUGGCUCUGGAGAAGGUGACACAUUGGUCCCAGGCACAUCUCACCACCAACAUGUUGAAUAAAGAAAUGACCUCUGAACUGGACAAACUGGUCAGGUCUAUGGCCAGUGGCUUGGACAGCCCAGUUAGACCUGUGAAGGGUGAAAAGACAGUCCAAGUAGUCCAUGGGAACCCUGCCAUUGUAGUCCAAACCAAGGAUGUAUGUGCUGUGUCAGAAACAAUAAAUAUGUUGAAGGACUUUGUGCGGGACCUAGUUCUUGAGAAAGAUGGUGUAUCCUAUCAGAGGAUGUUGAAAUUGUUGAGACAGACAAAGGACACGUUUUUUGGAACAGCUAACAUAUUCCCAUUGGCAUAUAAGACAGUAGCUCUGCUCUGGUUGGACUUAGCUGUAUCAUGUGCAAUAUUCAAACCCCCCUACAUAACUGAGGAAAGUUUAGGAGACUUGACUGCACUGUGGCAAGGUCCACUGAAGCAGCAUACAUCCUUUUGUCAAGUCAUAUGUGCCAAGUAUGUUCAUUUACUGAUGACCAAAUCCAAGGUGCUUCAGGAAUCUUGGAACCAAUAUGCAUUUCUACUCAGACAUCUGUUAAAUCAAGAACUUCUGACUUGGGCAGAUGUAAAAGAGGCUGGGUUAAAGCUUCUUCAGCACAACCUUCCAAAGGACUGCCUUGAAUUGUUUGCAGCUUGUAUCUGUGAUAGUUGUAAAGUAUUUAGCGAAGACAAAACAAUGGGAACAAUAGAUUGCCUGGAAUUAUUGAAUAGUUUAGACCAGGAAUGUGCAAACUGUUCUUCUGUAACAAUACAAGCAGUAAAAGAUUGCAUUUCAAUUAUCAGUGAACAGCAGUUGCUACAGGAUACCAAAUGUACGACUGAAAAAAUGGCAGAAAUAGCAGAUAUUGGAGCUACUACAGGUAAUACUCUGCAUGACACUCUGCAUCCAAAAGAUGAAAAACACCAACCCAAAAUUAUGGCAGAUGAGCAGGAACAGAAUAAAAAUCCAAUUAAAGUGGAGUGUGAUUGUGUUCAUACAGAGAAGUAUUGCCAGAAAUGCACUCUUUGUUUCAACAAAGAAAAUCAAACAGAGAUUUCAUCUUGCGAUAAAAAGAUACUCCCAAAAGUGGACAGUAUGCAAGUCAAGAUUGCAGGAAUUUGAUACUGGGUUUUUUUAAGUAAACCCAUGAAAUGUAUAAUUGUUGUUUUGCUCAUAACUUCAGUUGUUAAGGAGAACAUUGAAAAAUGCACUAUUGAAUUGGCAUGCUUUCUGAUUAUUUAUUUCUCAAAGAAUAUUAUUUCUGUCCAUUAUGGACAUAAACAUACACUUAUAUACAGCAAAAAUUUUUCAUUAAGCUGACCAUUUCAUUCUUUGAACAGUAUAUUGUUUUUGAUGAAUUGGAGUUGAAAAGUGGUGCUUAAUGUAAUUUUGAAAAUUAUUUGCAAUAUAUGCUUGUUUUAAUCCCAGCAUUCCAUAUGUUCAAAAUGAAAUGGUGCUAUACUCACCUAUUUAUUUCCAUUUAUUGAAAAAAUUAUUCUAAUACGCUUAACACCAUAUAAUACAACCAUAUUUGCUAUUAAUGUUGAUGGGCUACUUUAUUGUACUAAAUUAUAUCUUACAUAAGACCAGUGCCUGCUAUGAAAGCUAAGAAUAAAAAGAUAAUUUACAAUA